UGCAUCUUGACCAGCGGUGGUCGCAUCCCAGGUGGUAGGAGUCCUUGACGGCUGAGACGAUGCCGAAUCUGUGAGGCAUGGAUGACGGUGGAUCAGUUGUAUUCAAACGACGUCUUCCAUCGCGCGCGCAAUUAUGAAAGCUACUGUCGCGCUGUUCGUCGCGCUUGCCGUCGUUGUUGUACAGGUUUGCUGCCAGAGAUAUCGUCCGCAACAGCAAUUCAAUAACUAUCAACCGCAACAGAAAUUCAACAACUAUCAACCGGAUUACCACACAAACUUGGUGAGGGACAUCCCACAAGUGCCGUAUUCCGGAGUCAGUUGUCCGGAGAGAGACGGAAGGUUUCCCACCAGGACCUGUGAUGGUUACAUUGAGUGUAAAGAUGGUGUAGGAGAGGAAAAAACUUGUCCUGAUGGUCUUCUUUUCAACCCAGCGACUGGUAAAAACGCUUAUCCUUGCCAGUAUCCUUUAGAUGUUGACUGCACAGGAAGGGAACAAACACAGCCAGCCCAGUCCACUCCAGAGUGUCCCCAUCAAUUUGGAUACUAUCGCCUUGGUGGACCACAGGAAUGCGGCCAGUUCAAGAACUGUGUAGAUGGAAAAGCGUUCAUCUUUGAUUGUCCUGAAGGACUUGCAUUCAACGAAGAAACGUUACGUUGUGACUGGCCUGAUCAGGUGGCUAGUUGUGACUCAGAAGCUUACUUGGGCUUCACCUGCCCUCAAGACGCAAAAGACUACGGCCUAGGUCAAGAAGAGUACCGCUACUUCCGUUCACCAUCCGACUGUCAACACUACUACAUCUGCAUCAACAGCAGGCCAAGACUAUACGGCUGCGGCGAAGGAAAGGCAUUUAACGAACUGAUCAACGCUUGUGACGGCGCUGAAAACGUCACCGGUUGCGCGCUGCCUUACAGGGCGGAGUCUUAUCAAGGACAGCCUAAUAGGGCGGAGUCUUACAAGGCACGCCCUUACAGGGCGGAGACUUAUAAAGCGCAACCUUAUAAGGCGGAGCCGCAAUACGAACAGGAUCAGGGCAUCACCGCCCCGUUUCAAGGAAUCAAGGCACAGCGGCAGUACAAUCAAGGAUCCAGGGCGCAGGAGGAUUACGACCAGGGGUUUAGGGGAUUCUCGAAAUAUUCUGGUUUCAGUGGGUGAUUGUUGUUUGUGUAUAUAGGUUGUUGAAUAAAAUGUAAUUUAUUGCAAA